AUGGAUCCAGGUGUUUCCCAGUUAGCGAUUGAAUGCCAACAUAUAAGUAAUGUGACGAAAGAACUUGAGUUUCUCUCACUAUUGCUUACACAUGCUACAUCUUAUAAUAAUAUGGAAAUUAAUAUGCCUGAAACAAGCGGCAUGAAAACAUUCUUUAGGAUUUUAAGUCGUAUAUGCAGAGAUUGUGGAGGCAUUUGGACAAUAAAUGAAGAGCUGGACUGGUUGGUAUUCUAUUUAUUUGCUCGUUGCUAUGGAUGGAGCGACAUUGAUUUAAAUGAUGUGCGAUCCCAGAUGCUGGCACCAUCAACGGGACAUAGGUAUAGAAACGUAUCAAAGGAUGAAGAGCUGAGAAUGAAAGAUAAAGUCAUCCAAAUCACCACAGAGCUAAUUUAUUUGAUAAGAAGUCUUCCACUUUCUCUGGCUGGCCUAAAAAUGCUCAUCAGUUCUAUGAAUUUAGCUCGUGGAAUGCACCACACUCGAAAGCAAAUAGCGUUGCAUGCUGUCGAUUGGCUGACGUUUGGAUUACAAACGGAUGGUGGAGGUGUGAAGGCAACUGCAAGUCCUAGAUUCACUCAGAAAAGUUCUACAACACAGCCAUUUUUGCCAGAAGAUUCAACUCCAGAAAGCAUGUUUAUGACGGUAAAAGAUCUUAUUUGGAAUUGUUGUACCGAUAAUAAUCGUAGUAUCCGAAUGGGGACUUUGGGACCAUUAUAUAUCCUGUUUGGACAACUUUCGACAAAUACUAUUAUACGAUUGAUCAAGCUAUCAGUUGAGAUAUUGGAGAAACCAGAAGUCUGUACUAGUGAAGUAACUGAAGGUGUCAUAGAUAUACUUAAUAUUUUGCUGAGAAGGUUGGUACCCAGUGAGCAACUAUGUGAUUCAAAAACAUCGUUAUCUGGAAACGUACUAAUGUUAAAAACGAAUCUUUCUGCCUGUAAAUUUUCAGCGGAGUACGUUCAGAAUCAAUUGUUUCCAAGACUGAGUAAAAUGAUUAUCAACUUGUUUCAGAGUAAUCACUUCAAUGUACGCAAAGCUGCAGUCAGAGUUUAUCUAACCUGCCUCAGUCGAUGUCCGAAUAAUACAUUUAAAGAAGUUCUUCUUCAAACUGUAAAUGAUUUAUGCAUGAACGCGGAUAAGCAAUCUGAAACCUACCAAGAUAACUCACCCUCGAAUUUCGAAAGCUGGAAAAGUAACCCAUAUUUUAAUGAAAGUCUCCUAACUCUUUGUCGAUUUCUAAUUAAGAAAGUUGGUGAAACCAAUCUGCCUUCGAAUACUGGGGACUUACAGAAUUGUUUAGUUAAUUUUUAUUUGGGUCAUUCAUCUCAAUAUGUCCGCGAUAGUGCAUGCAGUCUGUACCUAACAUUGUUCAUCAGUGCCUCAAAAAAUCCCAAUCGUAUUCGUUACCUAUUGAAUAAAAUAUUGGAAAAUUGGCAAGUUAAGCAAGAUGUUGUGUUAUCACCUCUUUCAAAACUACUAAUUCAAAUAAACGAAACGGAAACUACCAAACCGCGUGAAAUGCCUUUGACUGUGCGCUCCAAAUUAAGUUGGACAUGGCGUGAGGGGCGCAUGCACAUGUACUAUUUAGUCGCACGCUCAUUAGUUGGGCUUCAUCUUAAAGUUCUUCACGAAUUAGAUGCUGAUGGUUAUAGCCCAAUGAAUUCUGAAGACUUUUGUAUCAGCCCGACCUUUACAGAUGAUUGUUCUCAAAGAACCUUAUAUACAUCAUCAAAUAAUAAUUUACACCACUUUAGCUUCAAUACUGUACCAAAAUCAAUUCCUCCCUCUCUUGUUUCAAAUCAAGAUCGUCGAGCUACAGUUAAUAAAUCAUCAGCAUCGUCUCAACCUGUAGAAAGUUCAUCAGCGCUCUUUCAACAGGGGGCAAAAUUAAGCUCUCCACAAAAGUCCAUUUAUUUAACAGUUUUGGAAAAUAUCCGAAUGCUCGACAACGAAAGAAAUGAUAAACAGACGGAUAGCAAAACUCAAUCGUGGAUUAAACGUCUAAGUAUAGCGUCAGGAUUAACUUCAACAAGUAAAACAAAUGUUGGUCAUUUAGAGUUGAAUUCUAUCAGCAUGAAAUCUAUGUCAUUCAAUAUAUUACGAUUAGCUGUAGAGUGUACAUUAGAUGAGAAUAAUGGUCUACGUCAUUCAGCCCAAAAAGCCAUUAAUGAUGUCGGAAGGCUAAUACGAUGGUAUGAUGCUGAUCUUUUGUUGGAAAUGAUUUCGUUGCAUAUGGUAGGUCCUCCAACUAUGAUGUCGUAUGCAACUUUAAAGAUCUUACGUGAUGGUCUAUCUGAAUUAUGCGUGUAUGAUGAAAUUUUACAAAAAGAAGAGGAAGAACCUGGUUUCACUGAAAAAUAUGCGAUUUGUGGAACUGUUCCCAUUUUAAAUGUAGCAUUGCUUUAUGGUUUGUUUUCGCCGGACACAUCAAGACUUUGGCUUCAAUGUUGCCAACAAUAUAUUCUGGAUAGUACAACGGCUCUUUUUAUCAGUACCUUAUCAAUAGAAUGUGCUCUGAGAACCCUUUGUCUUGUACACAGAUUGUCUAAUCUAUCACUAGUAGCAUGCACCUGGGAAAAUAUGAGACCUAAUCCUUUUUCAAAUCUGCCAUACUCACAACGUAAACUAGAUCUAGAUGCGAAUGAUGUAGUAGAAUGCAUUAAAAGCGUUGUCGAAUUCGCUCAACGCAUAGACGUGAAACUUGGACCUACAAAUGAGCCAAUACUGAAUUUUGUCAAUUUGCACAAAAUGAUGAUAACGCAGAAGCCAUAUUUAUCAUGUUUACAGCUCCCUCAAUCAACUGCAAAGUGUUCACUUACAUAUUUCAUCCUCAAGCUGGUUACUAAACUGGAGUCGGUUAUAUAUUCUUAUAUACCACCAUCCGUAAAUUCGAGUCGGCCUAAUCCAGACGUUCGUAUGACCGGUGGUCUUCUUUUAUCCCCAAUAUUGCCAUACCUUAUUACGUGGCCGUUAGCUCUUCUUCCUCCUAGCUUGGAUAAAACUUUAGGGAAUCCAUCAAAGGAGGCAAGGAUACUUGCUGUUCGUAAACUACUUCGCCUAAUUGCAGCUAUAAUACUUGCAUUGCCGAUCACAAAUAAGCCUGAAUUUUCAAAAAGUGAAUCAAGUGCAUUAAAAGGUAAUGCAUUACUAAAAGAGCUAGCAUCAAUUGCCGAACAUUCUGUUGAAUUAGAAACUGUUGUCUGUGCUUGUUUUACUCAACUGGAAAAUCUUGUUUCUCAGUUGAAUCAAUAUUACGAACCUACUCGAAUAUGUACUACUACCUCAUGGUGGUGGAUCCGUGCACUAUGUGAACAUCUACCUCGACUUAUGCAAGUCUCUCCAUUUUCCAAUCCUGUAAACAUAUUACGUCUUCUGAUCGAAGACGUGAGAAGGAAAUCUAUAUUAUCAACAAAUACCAAACAAAAUACUGGUCACCAGACAGCUGAACAAACAAAGUGGUCGAGAGCACUUGAAUACGGUCUUCAGGAAGCCAAAUCUAUAAUACGAGUAAAAGAAGGUAGUGGAGCGUUAAAGUACCAAUGGCCUAAAGUUGGUGAAAUUUUACAAGCCAAAGAAACUAUAGAAAAACAGUAUAUACUAGAAAGCAAAGGUGGAAUAAUAUCACCGACAAGAUCACUCUCAUCUCAUAUCAUAGAUACUGAUCCUUCCCCAAUAGAUGAAGAACAACAUCGUUUCUUUGUAACUAGCGAUAACGAAGAAGAAGAGGUUUGCAUUCUACAAGAAGAAGUAGAUACUUCCUCCUCUUCUGAUAAUGAUGAUGAUGAUGAAGAAGAGCAAGAACAAGAAAGUAAAGAUAAUUUAUUGCAUAAACAAGAGAGAGUCCGCAGCCUAUUUUAUAUUUCUAUGAAAGCUGAACCGAUAGAAACACCACCAGCUCUAGAGGAUGUACAUGAGUUGACUGAACGUGUGCUCCAGUACUGUCGACCAGAUAUUGUAACAGCUAUACGUCAGGUUUUGUCAGAUUUUGAUUCACCAAACACUUCAUCACUAGAAAAGUCAAUACGGAUUCAAGAUGUUUUAGGAUAUACUAAAGCUCCUGCUAUACAAUGA